GAUCUACUAGGGUUUUCACGAUAAUAUCAUAAGUAAAACCCUUAAGAGAUUGCUCGAAAUGGGAGACAAGAACAAAGGAGAGGGUGAGAAGAUGGAGGAGAUGAUGCUACCGGGGUUUAGGUUUCAUCCGACUGACGAAGAGCUCGUGAGCUUCUACCUGAGGCGGAAGGUUCAACAACGACCUUUAUCCGUCGAGCUCAUCAGACAACUCGAUAUCUACAAAUACGAUCCAUGGGAUCUUCCAAAGUUUGCGAUGGCGGGGGAGAAGGAGUGGUAUUUCUACUGUCCGAGGGACAGGAAGUACAGGAACAGCGCAAGGCCGAACCGUGUAACGGGAGCCGGAUUCUGGAAAGCGACGGGGACCGACCGUCCCAUCUACUCGUCGGACGGAAGCAGAUGCAUCGGGCUGAAGAAAUCUUUAGUGUUUUACAGAGGAAGAGCCGCCAAAGGCGCCAAGACGGAUUGGAUGAUGCAUGAGUUUCGCCUGCCUUCUCUUUCCGACAAUGCUUCUCCUCCUCCUAAGAGGCUCUUCGAGAACGCUCUCUCUCCCAACGAUUCAUGGGCUAUAUGCAGAAUAUUCAAGAAGACAAAUCCAACGGCUCUAAAAAGAGCUCUAUCUCACUCGUUUGUUUCCUCGUUACCACCAGAAACAACCUUCCAAACACCAAACUCAACUCGAUCUUGUUCAGACAAGAUCCUCAAAACCAGUGCUUAUGUCCACUUUCAUCAAAUCCCAUAUUCUGAUGACAAAAACGCGACCGACUGUAGUAGAACUCCUCUCACUGCCACCAUUUCCAAUCCCUUAUCUUACUUGGGUUUCACUUCCUACGACAGACCCGGCAACGUCAUCAGCUCGGUUCCGUUUCCCGACCCGAACCUCUUACUUGCUUCACAAGAAACGCAGUCACAGUUUCAGAAGUUGACCUCGAACGAUAUAUCGUCCUUGCUAUUGAACGUGUCGCCAGAUUCGUCGGUUUUGGGAGAAUUUACAGACCGUAUGGAUCGAGACAUCGGCUUUGGAUCAGCUGUAGCAGCUCAAGAACAGUGUCCUGCCCUGGUGAGUUUCCCGCAUGAACACCAUGAGAAUGGAUUCGAAGAAAAUGUCCGUACGAAGAGGAACAUGAGAGGAAACCACGAAGAACAACAGUUCGAGACGUUUCGGUAUAUGGGUGGCGGCUUUGAAAUGGAUGAUCAUCAUCAAGAUCUGAAGCGGAACAUGUUGCUUGAGGGCAGUUAUCCUUCACUGUCAGCCAUUAAUGGCGAAUUUCCUCCUUGUUUCUCUACCAUAACCAGAUGCUUUACUUAGACAGUUGUUUGGUUAGAUAUUUUAUGUGUUUGUGACACUCUUGGCCAAAUGUUUCUUUUUCCAAGG